CUAGAGCAGAGGCAGACUGAGAGAAACGCUACACUCUUUUACUGAUAUUAUUUUACUUUAUCUAUUACUUUAUUUAAUUAAUUAAUUGUUAUUGUAGGUGAAAAUUGUAAGGAAUUGUGUUUUUUUAGAACUAAGAAGAUGUCACAGUGUGUAUCUUUGUGUUUUGCUCUAGCAUCGGUCACACUGCUUCACAGCCGGACAGUGGAAUGUGCAGGGACGGGGCUAACACUGAUGCUCAACAAAACCCAAACCCUCAACAUCACCUCCAACUUCACAUACAGUGAGCCCCUGGUUCUCCCUGUUCACAGGCCCUGCUCAGGUGAACAUGAGAGUUUGUGUAUCCAUGGACUCUGUUCUUAUCCUGAAAACAUAAACAACCCCUACUGCACGUGUUACCCUGGGUAUCUUGGUACACGUUGUGAACAUAAGAACCUAACGGGAAACGUGUUCAUGUUGGACAGCCUGGAGGAAGUGAUCGCUUUGGUGUGUGGACUGAUUUUUCUGCUGGUCUGCGUGUCGGUGCUCAGCUACUGCUGCUACAGGAAGUGGGGCAGUAAACCAGCUCCUCCAUACACAAACCAGCAGAACAGUGUGUGAGAGUGACUGAGGGCAGCGGAGAGAGCUGGGAAAUGGAACACAGCAGAGGGGUCACUCCCCCUGAUGGUCACUUACAGAACUGCACAGGUUCCACAAACACCAAGUGCACUACUGAAAAGAACCCUUACUAACUCAUUAUUUAAACAAACACAGACACAACGUUCCCUUCAGCUCACAACGGAACUCUGAACAAGGGAACUGAAAAAUAAAUAAAUAAUUAUUCUAGAAGAAAUAGAACAAUUAAAAGAUGAAGUGAGGAGCACUGAC